AUGCCCGCUCCUCUUCAUCCCCACCUGAAGCAUAGCUCUUCCUUUGCUACAGAAAAACACAACAAUGAUCCCCCCAGGGUGCAGGUCUCGCAUGAAGAUGAGAAUAUUCUUGCCGAUAUCCAUCACACAUUAACCACCCAAACUCACCCGGAUCCCAAGUAUCCGGAACCACAUUCCUCUUUCGACAAGUUCCUCGAGGAACAAGUCCAGGGUAAGAAACCAGCCAACCUCGGUGUCUGUUUCCAAUCCCUCUCAACUUGGGGUGAUGGGGACUCCCACACAGAUGUAAAGACCCUUGGCACCGCCCUGUGGCGUACCCUCACCCUACAGGAUAUCUACGAAUGGACCAUCCAGCCAUGGAUCGCAAAGAAGAAGCCCGAACAUGGGCGUCCGCUGAUCAGGGACUUUUCCGGCGUCGUGCAGAGCGGGGAGAUCAUGCUCGUUCUGGGCCGUCCUGGUGCCGGCUGCUCAACCUUCCUCCGAACUAUCGCGGGUCACCACUCCUCUUUUUUGGGGGUCACGGGCUCAAUUGAUUACUCCGGUCUUAGCUCGGAUGAAGUCAGGAAGCACUACCGUGGCGCCGUGGCGUACGUCCCCGAGGACGAUGUGCAUUUCCCAACCCUGACCGUGCGCCAAACCCUUGAGUUUGCCCUGCAGAGUAAGACCCCCAAGCGCUAUCGGGAGAGAAUUCCCCGGUACCUGGAGAUCUAUGGGCGGGUUUUUGGUAUGUCACAUACCAUGAACACGUUGGUGGGAAAUGAGUAUAUUCGCGGUGUCUCUGGAGGAGAGCGCAAGCGUAUCUCCAUUAUUGAAUCUCUCGCGACCGAUUCGUCGGUAGCAUGCUGGGAUAAUUCUACAAGAGGACUGGAUGCGUCAUCUGCACUCGACUAUGCACGCAGUCUGCGUAUCAUGACCGAUACCUGUGGCAAAGCAACCUUGCUCACUUUGUACCAGGCCUCAGAUGCUAUCUACGAGCUGAUGGAUAAGGUGCUGCUCAUUGAUGAGGGCCGCAUGCUAUACCAAGGACUUGCCAAUGAGGCGAAGUGCUACUUUGAAGGUCUGGGCUACGAGUGCGCUGAUAUGCAGACCACGUCGGAUUUUCUGACUAGCAUCACCCUGCCUGAAAGACGGCGUUUCCGUGCCGGAUGGGAAAACCGUGCGCCCAAGGGCCCCAUCGAACUUGAAGCCGCUUUCCGCCAGAGUGCUGCGUUUGCCAAAGUCGAGACGGCUGUCGAAACCUACGAAGACCAGAAGCUCACCGGUAGGUCUUCCGGUGCGUACCCGGCAGGUUCGGAGUGCGACAGCGUGGAGAUAUUCAAGAAGACUGUGCAGAGUGAUAAGUCUCGCUUCGUCUCGUCCAAGUCACCAUAUACGAUUUCGCUCUUCCGGCAGGUCGUUCUCUGCGCAAAGCGUCAGAUGUGGCAGCUGAAAGGUCACAUGGGCCCACUAUACAUCAAGUUGAUUUCUUGCGUGGUGUAUGGGCUGCUGAUUGGAUCUAUGUUCUACGAUCAGCCCCAGACCACCGAGGGGAUGUACUCCCGCGGAGGUGUGCUUUUCUACUCUUCCAUUUUGCUUGCCUGGCUGCAGAUGUCAGAGUUGGAAGACGCCAUGCAGGGUCGCGAUAUCCUGAGCCGACAGAAGAAAUUCGCUUUUGUGAGGCCCAGCGCCGUGUGUUUGGCCCGGGUGGUCUCAGAUAUGGUGGUCACUGCCGUUUUUACAUUCUUGUAUUUGAUCGUCAUGUACUUCCUGUCUGGCCUACGGUCUGAUGCUGGUCCCUUCUUCAUUGAUUUCCUCUUCAUUUAUACUUGCACGGUCUGCCUCACGGCACAAUUCCGUGUCUUCGCCGCUCUAUCACAGAACUUUGAAGUUGCCCUCCGCUACUGCGGAGUUUCUGUUCUGUUUUGCAUCGUGUUCGGUGGCUACGUUCUCUCCGUCGAUAAGAUGAUUCAAGAUGUUCCGUGGGUUGGAUGGCUUGCAUAUACGACCCCUGCUCUGUAUACAUACGAAGCAGUCAUGGCGGCCGAAUUCCACAACAUUAACUUCACCUGCGCGGCCGCAUCCAUUACCCCGUCCGGCUCGGAAUAUACGGACCUCGCAUACCAAACCUGUGCUUAUGCUGGUAGUCAGAUUGGCAGCACCGUCGUCAACGGCGAUGACUACCUGGCGGUGAAGUUUGGAUUCUACUACAGCAACAUCUGGCGCAAUUUCGGGAUUCUGUGUCUCUUCACCGUUGCCUUUAUUGGCAUGACCUGCUGGUUGAGCGAGGUGCUUGAGUGGGAGCUGGACAGUGCUGGUCCUAUCCAGUACAAGGGCUCGCGGAAGCUGUUUAAGCGGAAGAAGAAUUUCCAGUCUGAUGAAGAGAAAUCGCCGGUCUCGGUUGAUUCUACUGCGCCCCCUGUUGGCCAUGAAACAAAGCACGAUCAGACACUGACAGCUACCCAGUCUACCUUUUCCUGGUCUGACUUAGAGCUCAAUGUGCAGAUUGGUAAGGAGACCAGGAAGAUCUUGGAUGGCGUUUGUGGAUACUGCAAGCCAGGGUCUUUGACUGCUCUCGUUGGUGCCUCGGGAGCGGGCAAGUCUACAUUGUUGACUGCACUCACCCAAAGAGAGAGCCCCGGCACCUUAUCUGGGUCUCUAUUCGUGGACAACCGAUCAAUUGACCAGUCCUUCAACCGACAGAUCGGAUAUUGCCAGCAAAUGGACAUCCACGACGAAAGUAGCACGAUCAAAGAAGCAUUCGAGUUCUCUGCACUGCUCCGACAAAGCCACGAAGUUCCAAAGGCGGAAAAGCUGGCAUAUGUGGAAACUGUGAUUCACACAUUGGAGCUAGUUGAAUUGCAAGAUGCAGUGAUCGGUUCUUUGGACAUCGAGAAGAAGAAGCGUGUUACUAUUGGAGUGGAGCUAUGUGCUCGACCAAACCUGCUUCUUUUCCUGGAUGAACCGACAAGUGGACUCGACAGCCAAGGCGCAACUAGUAUCGUCGCUCUGCUGCGACGUCUCGCCAACCAGGGACUGGCGGUCCUCUGCACCAUCCACCAGGCUAACCAGCAACAAUUCGAAGAGUUCGACCGUGUCCUAGCCCUGAGUCCUGGUGGAAGCACAUACUACUUCGGCCCAGUCGGCGAAUCCGGCCACGCAAUCUUCGAGUAUUUCGCCAGACACGGCAACAUCCCAGAAAAGGUCACUAACGCAGCCGACUUCCUCAUCGAAGUAGUCGUCGGCGGCAUGAAAGCCUCGGGAAACCAAACAAACUGGUCAACUGUGUGGCGCAACUCAGAAGAAUGCGCCGAAGUCAAGAACGAAAUUGCCUCAAUCCGCUCUGACGAGAAUACCCGCUCCCCUUCCCUGCCUCCAGCCCUUCCUCCUCUCAGCCAGCAGAUCAAACUGCUCACCCAACGGACCUGUCGCCAGUUUUGGCGCACCGCCGAGUACCCGUACUCGCGACUUUACUCUUCCUUCCUCCACGCUCUCAUCAACGGUCUCACCUACCUCCAAAUCGGAAACAGUACCACGGACCUCCAGUCGAAAGCUUUCUCCUGCUUCCUUGUCCUAAUGCUCGUCCCCGAGUUUAUCAACGCUAUAUCGAUGCGCUUCAUCCUGAACCGCGAUAUCUGGUUAGCCAGAGAGGGUCCUAGUGGUGUAUACGGCUGGGUAGCAUUCUGCACAGCCCAGAUAAUCUCUGAGAUCCCCUAUUCCGUCAUCGGCAGCGUCGUCUUCUUCGUCCUAUACUACUUCAUGGUGGGACUACCACUUGGCUUUGCAGCGGGAUACUGUUUCCUGAUGUUCUUCCUGUUCUUCCUAUUUGCGACCUCGUGGGGUCAGUGGAUUGCCGCGAUGAGUGCUGACUCAAUGAUCGCCGCCACCCUCAUGCCCUUCUUCAUUAUCAUGUGCGAGCUCUUCAACGGCAUCCUCCGUCCACAAUCCCAGAUGCCUGCCUUCUGGAAGUAUACUAUGUACUACAUCACACCAUUUACGUACUGGAUUGGUGGAGUGCUCACUUCCGUCCUCCGGGGUACUACUGUUGUUUGCUCCCAGACUGAAUUAACCAUCUUUGAGAGUCCGCCCAAUACUACUUGCAGUGAGUAUGCGGGCGCGUGGCUUGAUGCGAAAGGUGUUGGCUAUCUCUCGAACCCAGAUGGGACGGGCAAGUGUGGAUAUUGUGAAUAUAGCUUUGGUGAUGAUUACUUGUCUGGAAUUGGUCUGGAUUCUUCGAAGAUCUGGCCGUAUUUCGGGAUCUUCCUUGCUUUCACCGUUACUAAUUACCUGAUGGUUUAUUUGCUGGUUUAUAUGCGGUCUGUUAUGAAGCCGCUUGGGCGGUCGAAGUAA